CGAUUAUUUCGUUGUACAUUUCUUUAAUUUAUUUUUUUAACUUAAUUUUUAAUGUUAUAUUCCGAUAUAUUUUAUGUCGUUCUAUUCUAUUCAAUUGAACCGAAACGCCUUGUGUCAAAACAGGAUACAAACAACAACACAUUUUGUAUGUUCCUGGUAGCAUUUCGCAACUUUUAAAAGGGGAUUUCAAAGCAAGAGAAUGCAAUAACAAAAAUGGAUUACAUGUGAUCUUAUGGCAGUAUGAAGAUUGAACUACCGUUGCUAGUACUGGUGGUACACGCCACUCAGUCAGUAUUCUCUCUUGAAACCUACUACUGCAACAACAGUUACACAGUGGGGAUCGCAAAUGUCCAUGAAGGUGUGAUAAUUACGCGUGUUGAAGGUCAGCAGUACCAUGGUGAUAACAUGGACUGCUCCUGGGCUGUUGUUGCCCCUAGAAACCACAGGCUGAAGGUCACGGUGACCAAGGUAGACCUAGACUGGAGCCCCAGCUAUGCUUCUUGUGCUGGAUAUGAUUUCAUGAGAGUGGUAGAAGGCACCCAAAGUGAUGGUAAUUUUGUCACCAACAUCUGCUCUGCUUUCAAUCCAUUUGUGUUCCUGUCCAAAGGUUCGAGUCUACACUUCAGGUUCACUACCACACGUAGGAAUUACUACAAGAAAGAAGGAGUUGAGCUCAAAUUUGAGGCAUUUAACGACACUUUCUGCCCACCAGACUGGUUUUCCUCUCCUCACAACAACAGUGAUUGCCUUCUACUGCAGCAAAAGGGCCAAGCCGACUGGGCACGUGCUCACGACAUAUGCAAGCUGAACUCAGCAAACCUUGCAGUGAUAAAGAGCCAGACUGAGCUAGAUGCCAUAGUGGCUGCAGCAUCUGCAGUCAACCUGACACGGUCAGCAUGGAUAGGAAUGAAGGAUCUCAGUGGGUCAGGAUCCUUCGCCUGGAUAGAUGGCAGCAAUUCAUUUAGCAGAGAGGUGUUUGAGGGUACACCCGAAAAACUUUGCGCUGCUCAGGAUUUUACAACAAAGAAGUGGGUGGCCAGAGAAUGCUCAGAUCUAUUGCCUUUUGUUUGCAAAGGAGCAAAAGACGGCUCCACAGUUAUUAUUAAUGAAGUCACUCAGGCUCCACCUAAAGAAGUGCCAGGCAGCAACAAAAUGGUCUUGACCAUUAUCUUAGCUAUCUUGGCGGGUCUUGUAGUACUGAUUGUGUUUGUGGUCUUAGUUUGGUGCUUCCGAAAAAAUGGGAAUUGUAAUUGUGGGAACAAAAAACCGAAUCGAGAGACAAGCGCGCCAGGACUUUCAGACAUUUCUUCCUCAUCUGGGUCUCCAGCAGGUAGAAACCAGAGAUCAGCUGACACAUCAAAAAACAUUAUGUUAACAUCCAAUCAGCAUGUAGCUCCUCCAACUUACAAUGAAGCCUUAUUUCAUGAGCGUCUGUAAAUAAA